AUGGAUCUGAACCACCACGACUGUGCUUCCGGCGAUGGGAACAUGUUGGCGCACGACGGCGAGUCCAGGCCCUCGCGCGAGCUCGACCACAACUCGGGCGGCUUCUGUGCAGGAAGCGACCACCAUCAGCAAUAUGCCGGAUUCCAAUCUUCUUCAGUGCAUGACCGCCUUUCUUCCCACCACCACACGUGGCGAGACGGCCCACACUACGUCGGCCCUAACUAUACUCAGGCUCCUUUCGACUUCGCAGAAUAUCCGUCCCAAGCUCCCCAGCCUUGCGCUCAAUACGAUGACCACGUCAACAGCUACCCCGAACAGGUCUACCAUCACCAGGCGAACUACGAUCACUACAGCUAUGAGACACAACAGGUCCAGCAAUCUUACGCUCCGCGUUACCUACCCGAAUACCCCGAUCAUACUCUUCACUCUUCUCCCGAGACCGUCGCCUCUCAGAUUGACUUCACGAACCCCAGUCCCUCGCAAAUCUCCACAUAUUCGUCGCUUUCGAAUGCCCUUGACGCGCCGAUCAUCGUCAGGAGGGGUUUCACGAACCCCGCGCAGGCCACCGUACUACCCAAAGAAGAACAUUUCCCCACACACCCUGUGGCCCACUCGGUACCGCCUAUGGGCAUGCUGCCUCUCGAAACGGACAUAACCCCGCCAACUCCUGCCGCGAGUACUCCCAGCUCUACUUUCAUCCGCACUCCGACCCUCUCGCCUUCAGUCGUGACCGCUCCCCAGACGUUUGAAGUCAUACAGGACGACUCGGCAUUUCCGUCGUACGAGAAGGCACGCAAGCGUCAGCAGGCACCUCCCGGACCACCAGUGAAUGACACCACUUCUCCCUUCACGACUGAACCUCUAGUCGCAUCGACAACGUCCGUAGCCGCAGCACCUGCGCCCGCGCCUGUGCAGAAGACCGCGAAAUCCACGCGCGGGGUCAAGGGCAAGAGAGCACCUCGCAAGAAACUCACUCUUGCGUGUUUAUUCUGCCGGGAACGCAAGAUUGCGUGUACUCUGCCCUCGGAAGGCGACGUGGAGAGGCGCUGCAACCAAUGCGUCAAGCGUUCGCGUGCCUGCCAGAUGCCUCCCGGUGGGAGUCGUCGUGGGCAGUAUGCUCGUCAAAAGGCUCAUAAGGACAUCAUCUCUAUCACAGAUGCUACUGCGGCCGUCAAUGAACUCACUCUGGCGCCCCCGGUUUAG